AUGAAACCCCCCCUUGACAUCGGUAUCGACAUCGGCCUGGACUUUGACCCCUUCACGGACUUUGGUCAGCUGGUGUCUCAACUGGGCGAUCCGAACAAGCGUGCACUUGACGAGCUUUUUGGAGACAACAACGAACAAUGUAGCUCGGGACAUCUUCAAACGAACGAUUCGAACAAGCGUGGGCUUGAUGAGCUUUUUGAGGAUAAUAACGACGACAACCACAACACAGAAGAAAGCAACUUCCAAGAAUCGAAAAAGCAAAAGUGCGGAGAGCGUGAUGCUUUAAAAACUGUGGAGAAAGUGUUGAAUAUUGCAUCGACAGCCAAACCGUCAAUUUUAUCGCAUGUUGCCCCGAAUGCAUGUGCCACUGUCUCUGCGAGCUCUGAUAUCCUGCAAAAUUUCGGCCUUGAUCAACAGAACAUCGCGUAUCUUGCGGAAAUUGAGACAAGGGCUUUCAGGCCAGAACCAAAGUACAUCUCACCAUACGGCUGUGUUGGAUAUCGUCCGUCGGCUCCAAGCCUCCACUCGAUGCGAAUUCCUGCUGAACCCUCGAGCGAGACUCUUCAGUAUCGACUGCAGAAUUCUAGGCGCAGGAUUGACUGUCUCACAGCUGAGCGAAACAGGUACCGUGAUGCCUUGCUCAAGUACACCAUCAUCGAUCCGAAGACUGGUAGGCUGGGAAUACAUGUUCAAGAGACCGAGAUGGCAACAUUACGUCGAGUCUGUACCACUCAGCAACAGAGAGCUGCAAAAUUCAAGGCGGAGAUCGAGGACUGGAGGGGCAAAUACUGGAGUCUGGCUCAAACGCACAACUCACUGAUUCGGGACUAUCAACAAUGCCUUUCCGGCGCACCAGAGCAUCAAAACGCCCCGAAUGAGUGGGAGAACAGAUACGCCCAAUUGAGCCAGGCGUACAAUGAUUUAUUGAGCACCUGCAAUCGAUCAAGCCUCCAAAACUCCCAGUCUGGGAUCGUGAGGCCUGAAGAGCAAAAUCCGGGGUAUCUAGCGCAUGGCCUUGCCCCGUCGACUUCAAAUAUCUCCUACCCUUCCCCUCCGAAUUCCUCCUCUUCGCCCAUUCACAUCUCUUCCAACACUUCUUUACCUUUGACUCAUUCACGAUAUCCUCCGAGCCCCCUCGAAAGUGACGUUGCUACUGCAAGUUCGCAUUUCCGACCGCCAGCCGAGAAGAACAACGCCCCAAAAUUCCCAAUGCGCUCAAGAUCUGUGUCUCUGAAAGAAGUCACGGUGAUAGAUUUGACUAGUGAUGAACCAGGUACAUAA